AUGUCUACGUCCAAGGCGCGGAAGUCGCUGGCAUCGGUAAAGGCUAGUGGGGCAGGCAAGAGCUCGGCUGCUAAGGCCCGGCCAGCUCCGGGGCAGGCUGGUUCCGAACCUGCCAUUGCCAGCAGCAGUGCCAGCGCCGCUGGUUUGUUGACUCCGUACCUGUCCAGCAACGGUGAUUGGUCGUCCGUCCACCCGGAGGUGAAAAAAACAAUCAGGGGUGGAGACUUCGCGAGCAUGGAAGAACUCUUUGGAAGCACUCCAGGCGUCGGGCAGUUGAUCGAAUUGUCUCUCUCCUGGUUCGCUGAUGACCAUGGCGGCGUCGACAUCGAGUGGUACGUGGACGCGGACCCGAUAACCAAGCGGGGCGUUCAGAGGAGCAUCGCCCCGAGUCGGUUCAACCGGGCCCUACAGGAAACAACGUGUGAGGAGUACAAGCAGCGACUACUCCUUGAAGGGCAGCCUCAAUCAGUUGCGGGUGAGGCCUGGUGCCAUUGGACUGGAGAGCAGAAGGAGUUCCCCAUCAUGGCCCUCAGCUAUAACCACAGGACGAACGCCUUUUACAGAGCGGACGAGGAGCAGCCAGAAAACCCCAACGUGAGUGGAGUCCGCCUAAGGGGACUCAAACGAGUCCGAGUCUUGGCGUGGUGGACGCCCGAGGUGGUCUUCAAGUUCCUAGCAACAGCACACAAUCGUUACCACCAGGGCAGUGGAGCGUCUGUGGUGGAACUAUGCGAGACUGCUUUGAACCUCGAAGCGUCAUGGCGACAGUCGUGCGAGCACACUGGCAUGACGUACAGCAACCCGCGCUAUCAGCAGUGUUACCAGGCCUGGGCAAAGAAUGGUUGUCUCAGGUGUCGAGGUGUACGGUAUAGGUUUUGGGUAUCAGGGCUUAGGUAA